AUGGUGCUGAUUCCCAAGAAGUCCCGCCGUGCCAUCCUGGAGCACCUCUUCAAGGAAGGCGUCAUGGUCGUGAAGAAGGACUACCAGGCGUGCAAGCACAACGAGCUGGAAGACAUCCCUAACCUGCACGUCAUGAUGGUGCUGCGAUCGCUGGCUUCCCGCAACUACCUGUCGGAGAUCUACAGCUGGCAGUGGCACUACUACACCCUGACCAACGAGGGCAUCGAGUACCUCCGUGAGGUGCUUCAUCUUCCUCAGCAGGUCUUCCCCCAGACCCUGACCAAGCAGCGCCCCACCCGACCAGCCCUGGCUGGCGGUGACGCCGGGGAGGGAGGAGGCAAGGGAAAGGGCAAGGGCAAGGGCGCGUGGAACCGCGGCGAGGAGCCCCAGUGA